GGUGUUGAGGCAGGGUAGCAGUGCUACCUUCCUCACUCUCCUUCCUCACUCUAACCUGCUAACACAUUCAAUAAUUACUCAUCAUGACGUUGUUAGCUUUUACACUAUUGCCACUGCUGGUCCUGGAAGUUGCUGCUCAGUUUCCUCGAGCUUAUCAAGAUUUUAUUCCCGCACCAGGACUGCCCAUCAACAUUGCCUCAAAUCAAAUUCCUCCUGCGAGAAACUUAAACUUUAUUCCCGAGAACAAUGUACCAAAUCCUCAGUUCGGUCAAGAAAUAUUUCCUCCAAGAUUUGGUGUGAACCUUGGUAUAACACGUCAUGAUCAAAUUGGUUCUCUUAGUAAAAAUUUUGGUAGUGGACAAACACUUCCUUCUAAUCUGGACCAGAACAUACGUCCAGCCUUCAGCCCAAAUAUUUUUACUAAUGUUGGUCAUCUUGAAAGUUUCAGUGGUACUGGCCCAGUCGUAGGUGCUAAUUUUGGCCAAGGUUUAGGCGCUGGUCUACCCGGUACCCAACCCUUCCGCCAGGGUAAUACAGGAGUUCCCCAAUUUCAAAUACCCAGCAACAGAGUAGACACAAAUAUUGGUGGAAGACCUGUCCUCGGCAGUCUGGUGAACAGGGUGGAUACCUUUUUGAACCCAACUGUAACUAGUAUUGUCACUAUCGACCGCUUCGUUACCUUCACCGAUACAGCAUUCAACAGUGUAGCUGUAACUUUGACUUCCUUAGUUGUGCAAACUGUCGCAACUGGAACGAGACUGGUACUAAGCACUCCCAUUAAUGACCGCAUCGCCCUACAAACAUCAGUAGUUCUCCGGCCUUCAUCGGUCACGCUUACUGAAGUGAAAUCAGACUUCAGAAUCGCUACGGAAGUGUCAAUAGAUCGCGUAACAAUAACCCACACCUCCUACGUCAUUAAGCAGUUUACAUACACCACCACUGCCACUCGGAUACAAACUUACACAUCAACAUUGGUGCGGACGAAUGUAAAUACAGAAAGGAACACUAUCACAAAUUACCUUACUGUGACUGACACGAUAUAUAUCCAGAGAGGCUACGGAUCUCUUCCCUAAAGGAACCUGCUGUUUACUUUAUUCCCAUUUAUAAAAAUAGUUUAGUAAA